AAUCCCCAAUCCCUUUCAUUCGCCAAAACAGCAUCAAAUUUCAAAGGUUUGAAUCAUAACAUCAUCAUCAAUGGCCAAGAGUGACGAGGCUCAGAAGCAGCAGACCACCAGCGACAGGAAAACGACGUCGGCGGCGAAGAAGAAGUUCAAGGGAGUGAGAAUGCGAACCUGGGGCUCCUGGGUGUCGGAGAUACGGGCGCCGAACCAGAAGACGAGGAUAUGGCUGGGCUCCUAUUCCACCGCCGAAGCCGCCGCCCGAGCCUACGACGCCGCGCUCUUGUGCCUCAAGGGCUCCGCCUCCGCCGCGCCAAAUCUCAACUUCCCCAUCUCCUCCUACUCCCACCACCACCGCAACACCUCCACCAACCCACCCAUGUCCCCCAAAUCCAUCCAAAGAGUCGCCGCCGCCGCCGCCGCCACCACAUUCUCCGCUCCCGAACACCCAAAUCCUCUCCCGUUGCCGCCGUCAGAUAAUUACAAUCAUUUAUUUGUUCCAUCUCCGUACACGUCAUCAUCAGCUGCCACGUCGUUCUCGUCGUCCUCGUCGCAGUCCCCGGUUUCCACGCCCACGUCGGAUCAGCUGUACGAGGAUGUCGUCUCGUUGCCGCAGCAGUUCCAGCCUCUGGACAACAACAACAACUAUUAUGAUUAUGUUCAUCAGAGUGUUGAUCCUGCUCGUUACAAUGACGACAAGGAGGAGCGUCGCGUUGUCGACGACGUCUCCUCGAUCUCAUCGUGGCGAGGAGGAUUCGACGAAUUCGACCAGCAACAACAACUUCACGGCGACGAACAACUAAUUUUCCCCACGUUUGAUGACUCGCUAGUGUCGACGUUCGGCGUGCCUCCGGCGCUGGACGAUUUUUACUACGAAGGCGAUAUUCGGCUGUGGAGCUUCGCUGAAUAAAAUUAUUAAUUACUUGUUUUACGUACUCAAAAUAAUUCUUUUAUAUACGAUUCUUUUUCGUCCUCCAUGGAUAAUUAAUUAAUCACAUUCUUGUUCUUUUUACACUUUUUUUUAUUCUUCUUCUUCAUUUUGAUGGCUUGUUCAUCAAGUCAUAUGUAACGCCGGAUCAAAGCUGUUCAGUAUUACUCUCCUUCACGUGUAGUGCCAAGGGCUUUUUUUUUUUUUUUGUUUUGGACUUUCUGAAAAGAGGAGAGAACCAAAAAAAAGAGAGAGAGAAAGGAAGAAGAGAGAAGCCACUCGCAUCACAUGGCUUAGCUAGGAAACGAGUUUUUUUUUUUUUUUGGGGACUUUUGGCCAUGUGAUGUGAGGGGCUGGUUUCUAUAAAUAUACAUGUUCACA